CAUAAUACAGGGGGCAGAAGUGAAAACUCGCAUAUUACAGUCAAAAACCUUCAUCCCUUGAGAUAUACUACGAGUUCCCUUCAGGUACACAAAAAUGGGGGCUCUGCGGCUUCCAUCUCUGACAUCCAUCUUCACCGUCUCAUCGGCUCGCUCAUCCUUGUUCCCGCGCCGUAGCAGCAACCGCCUCAAUGUCCGCAGACUCACUUCUUCAGCCAAAGUAUUCGCUAAAGCCACAGAGGUUGCGCCGGCUGAAUCGAACCAGAAGCUUCCGGUUCAGGAGCAAGGAAUAACGCCUCGUUCUCAGGACUUCAAUGCGUGGUACCUCGAUGUUAUUUCCAUGGCUGAGCUCGCUGAUUACGGUCCUGUUCGUGGUACUAUGGUUAUUCGACCCUACGGUUAUGCUAUUUGGGAAGCUAUUCAGGAUUAUUUGAACGUUAAAUUUAAAGAGACAGGGCAUAGUAACAUGUAUUUUCCACAGUUUAUACCGUAUUCGUUUAUAGAGAAAGAAGCUAGCCAUGUUGAGGGUUUUAGUCCAGAACUGGCUCUUGUGACUGUCGGAGGUGGGAAAGAACUUGAAGAAAAACUUGUGGUUCGACCCACUAGUGAAACCAUCGUUAACCACAUGUUUACUCAGUGGAUUCAGAGUUAUCGCGAUCUUCCCCUUAUGAUCAACCAGUGGGCGAAUGUCACAAGAUGGGAGAUGCGCACAAAGCCGUUUAUUAGAACUCUCGAGUUUCUAUGGCAGGAAGGGCAUACCGCACACGCGACUCCAGAGGAAGCCGAAAAGGAGGCGAUGCAAAUGAUUGAUGUUUAUACAAAGUUUGCUUAUGAGCAAGCUGCGAUACCUGUUAUACCGGGUCGAAAAUCGAGGGUAGAGACAUUUGCUGGAGCGGAUAGAACUUAUACGAUUGAAGCUAUGAUGGGUGAUCGUAAAGCUUUGCAGGCGGGAACCAGUCACAAUUUAGGACAAAAUUUUUCCCGUGCUUUUGGAACGCAGUUUGCUGAUGAAAAUGGUCAAAGGCAGCAUGUGUGGCAAACUUCUUGGGCUAUAAGUACUCGAUUUGUUGGUGGUAUUAUCAUGACCCAUGGUGAUGAUGCUGGAUUAAUGCUUCCCCCAAGACUCGCUUCUGUACAGGUGGUGAUUGUACCAAUUUGGAAGAAGGCUAAUGAGAAAAACGAAGUUCUCGAUGCUGCAUUGUCCGUCAAAGAUGUUCUUCAUAGUGCUGGUAUUAAAGUAAAGCUAGAUGAUUCUGAUCAACGAACACCUGGAUGGAAAUUUAAUUUCUGGGAAAUGAAGGGCGUGCCGCUAAGAAUUGAAAUCGGUCCACGUGACGUUUCAAGCGGGAGUGUGGUCGUAUCCAGAAGAGAUAUUCCCGGAAAACCGGGGAAGGUUUUUGGAAUAUCGAUGGAAUCGUCGGUUCUUGUACCCUAUAUCAAAGAAAAGCUCGAUGAAAUUCAAUCAUCCCUUUUGGAUAAAGCUAUAGCUUUUCGAGAUAGCAAUAUUGUGGAUGUGAGCUCAUAUGAUGAACUGAAAGUGGCAAUAUCACAAGGAAAAUGGGCCAGGGGUCCAUGGGUCGGAAGUGAUGAAGAUGAAUUGAAGGUCAAAGAAGAAACAGGGGCAACAAUUAGAUGUUAUCCUUUCGACCAACCUCAAGGGCCAAAAAAGUGUCUGAUGACCGGUAGUCCAGCUGAUGAAGUUGCAAUAUUUGCUAAAUCUUACUGAUCACUCACCCUAUUCAGAACAAGCCACAUCAGCGGUAGAUAAGCAAAAUGAAGAAAAAAAGCAGACAGAAAUACGUAAAGAAGGUAUCUUUGAAUACGUAUCGAGGUGGUGUAGAAUGAAAGCGAUGCAGGUGGAGUGGAUGAUUUACGCUUUUGCUAACAAAGACCCUUUUCUUUUGUACGCGCUCAUUAAUUUAUGACAAUAAACAUCACAUCGUUUUGUAUUUUUUUCCUUUUUUUUCUUUAUUUUUAUAAUAUUUAUGUAUUUUUCUAGUAAAAUCUUAUGAAGCAGUGAA